AUGGUAGUUGCAAUGGAUUAUUUCACAAAGUGGGUGGAGGCCAUUCCAUUAAAGACCUGUGAGCAGUCAACAAUGAUUAAUUUUAUCAAGAAGCACAUUAUACAUAGGUUUGGAAUUCCAGAGACUCUCACCACAGAUAGAAGCCUUUCCUUUGUUAGAAGUGAGGUUAUUGACUAUUGUGCUGAAUGUGGCGUUCAAGCAGAAGCUUCCAACAAAGUAAUUCUCAACAUCCUUGAAAAGAUGAUUGAGAAUCAUCCAAAGGAGUGGCAUCACCUACUUUCUGAGGCCCUUUGGGCUUACAAGAAUUCAAAAAGAUCAAGUACGGGCGUUACACCAUAUAUGCUUAUAUAUGGACAUGAUGUUGUUCUCCCAAUGGAAAUGACCAUCAGGUCUGUAAGGGUGCCUUUCCAAAAUAAGCUAACCCCAGCAGAUUACAACCAUGCCAUGUUGGUAGAAUUAGAAGACCUUGAUGAUGUCCAUCUCAAUGCCUUAGACCAUAUUAUUGCUCAAAAGAAGAAAGUUAUGCGGGUAUACAACAAGAAGGUUAAGGCAAAGACGUUUGUUGAAAGAGACUUGGUAUGGCAAGUCAAAUUUUCACCUGGAGUUAAAACAUUGGAAUAUGGAAAAUGGACACCUAAUUGGGAUGGUCCUUACUUGGUGGAACGAGUCCUUGGAAAAGGGGCUUAUAGAUUGAUGGAUAUAGAUGGAGGAUCCCACAAGCAACCUGUUAAUGGGGUAUACUUGAAAGGAAGCAUAAUGGCCAUACUUCGGCCAUUCUAA